AAUUUAUUAAAUAAUCUAUCGUUGUUGAAAUAAACUAUCAAUAACAUGUCAAUAAUUAUAGUGUUUGUUCUUAUUGCAUUUAUCUCGUUAUCCAAUUCGAAAACUAGCUUUAUGCACAACUUACCUUUGGGAGAAUAUCGUUUGGUAUAUGAGAAACUAUAUCCCUGCCAAUCGUCAAAUAUAAUGCAGUGUAAUAUGUAUCUAAAUAAAAAGACAUUAAGUAUAAAUGAGGUAUUAGGAAAUGUAACAUUGUUAUUACCGUUGGACGAUACUCUUAUACUCGAUGCAAAUAUGGCUUCUUGGGAUACAAUUGGGGGUUGGAAACCAAAUUCAAUGGUUUACACCACAAAGAAUGCAUGUAGUAAUUGGAAAAAUGUACUAGGGAACGUAUGGACUACAAUGACUAAGGCUUUAAACCUUCCCAAUUCUAGCUGUCCAAUACCAGCGGGAACAUAUUAUAUAUCAAGAGGAGUUGACGUGAAAGAAUUAGAAGAUCUUAAUUUUCCCAAGGUGUAUUUUUACGGAAAAUAUAAAUUAACGGUUAAGUUAAAAAAUUCAGAAAAUAAAGUACUUGGCUGUAGUGUUAUAGAGAUGAGUUGUAUAAGGCCGUGGGAAAAACAAAUUUAAUUAAAUUUUACUAAAUAAUAAUAAAAUUUAUUCUUAUAUAGCCAUAAUUAAAAUAUCUUUUAGUAUUAUUAUUAUCAUAAUCAAAAUCUGGUAUCAUACAUAAGUUACUAGUAUUACUACAUAGUAUCAUAUCAAAUUAUAUUUUACAGUAUAAAAUGUCUUUAAAAGUCUCAAACAUAAAUUAUUGUGUUAUGUGUAAUUUAAAAAUGUCCAAUAUUUGCUUAAAAAUUAAAAUACUUACCGUAAAAAGCCAUCAUUCAAACACAGCAAAAUGUAUUAACCUUAAGAAUUAUAACAAUUUGUCGAAUCGCACCAACAUUAAUGAAGGUAGUCAAGUGUAGUACACCGCUUUACUGAAUAAGUAUAGUAGGUUAGGUUCGACUUAUAAAAGUUAGUUGGGUUACAAAUUACAAUUUUUUAGUUUAUAAAUUUCAAUUUAUUCAAAACAACCCAUA